GCCGAAACCUCAUCUCAUGCACAACCACGCCCUUACCUUAUCUACAUAUACAUAUAUCGAUAGUCGAGAACCAAAAUGGGAACCAUCCCAACCCUCGAAGAAUGGCUAUACCCAGUCGCCCCCGCCCCCGCCCGCCCACGCACAAAACCCAUGCAAGUCCUCGCCCUGGGCAUGUCCCGCUCAGGAACCGAAUCCCUCCGGCGCGCCCUCAUCACACUCGGCUACGACCACGUCUACCACGGCUUCGACAUGAGCGAGUCGCGCCCCAUGCAAUGGAAGCAGUGGGCGUUACUCGGCCGUCGCAAAUUCGGUCUCACCGGGACCUCGCAUAAAGGCGACCCGCAGAUCUCACGGGAGGACUUUGACCAGAUUCUCGGACACUCCGAAGCUGUCACAGACCAGCCGUGCUCGAUUUUUGCAUCCGAGUUGAUAAAGGCGUACCCCGAGGCGAAAGUCAUCCUGAACCAUCGCGAUGUCGAGCCGUGGUAUGAGAGUAUCACGGCGCUGAUUCUGCCUCAGGCGCGUGGGUUCUGGUACCAUGUGCUCCCGUGGUUUCAGGCGGAUAUGUACUGGGCUGUGCAGUAUACGGUGCAUUGCUUUAAUAUGCAUUUCUAUGGGUCGCUGGAGCGGAAUGGGAAGUGGGUGUAUGAGCAGCAUUCGGCGAUGAUUAGGGGGUCUGUUGAGCCCGAGAGGUUGCUUGUUUGGAGGGUUCAAGAUGGGUGGGAGCCACUUUGCAGGUUUCUUGAUAAGCCCAUUCCGGCGGAGGAAUUCCCGGCGGGAAACACGCUUGACACGACGAACCAGCGGUAUGAUAAGAAUAUGGUCUCAGUUGCCAUUAUUGCUGUUAGGAACUUUGCUAUAUUUGCAGUCUUGACGGGGAUUGGUAUUGCCUAUUUUGCUGGAUUACUUCGGCGUUCUGCGUAGAAGUAGUUAACUUAUCUGCUUACUUGAUGUGCUUGUAGUAUAUACGAAGCAGACGGCAAGGUUUAUCCCACGGGGAUUUUGCAGUAGAAACUAUUGAUAUAACAGAUAGGAUUAUCAUUGCAAACAAUACUAGGUAUGGCAACAUAAAUCAACCCAUUCAACAAGCAACACGCAGUCCGGACACCCAGCAACAACAACGCGAAAACCAAAAAGAACCAACAAAUACAAACGACGUCUAGUUA